AUGGGAAAUUUUUCGGCUUAAUGUUUUGCUGAUGAACCAGAAGAAAGGAAUGAAAUGUAGAUUAGGUUAAACUAAUAAAAGAGUGACUACUCUCAAAAUGUGUCAGUACAGAAUAUCAAAAAAGAUUAUGAGACAAACCUUUUCUAAUAAGAUUAAAAUGAGAUAGGUGGAAUAAAGAAAGCAAAUUAAGAUUGUUUAUUUUGUCGGAAUCAUUACUCCUAAUUAGUCCUUGAGGAGAAUUCAGAACAAUUAGUUUACCCUUCAAAUAGAUGGCAAGAAAUGAGAAAGCAUUCUUCCCAAAUUUAUCAAGUAAAAGAAUCAAAUGUGUUUACUGACCCUUUGGCUCUGCUUCAGAAUGAUCCAAUAUCCUAGUAUACAUCUGAAUGGUUCUAAUUAGCCUUAUCAUUACCAAAAUAUAUCAAAUCUAGAGAACAUUUUGACGGUCUUCCAGAAUAAUAAUAGUUUGAUUUCCUUAAUUCUACAUUAGAUUAGCAUGACCUUCAUUCUCUUAUAUGUUUGAAAUGGUGUGUUGUUGAUUUUUUUAGAUAAAAGAAUUCUUUGUUUCCAACAAACCAUUUUUUGGAAAGUUGUUGCGUAAUAUUUUAUAAUAUUGCUCAUUUGUGUCAAUUUUAUAAUGAAUUAUUUAUGGAAAAUUACAGAGAAAACUAGUAUACUCAUAACAUAAGACUUUAUAUUAAGUUAUAUCACCAAUUUUAGAGAUUGAUGAACACUUUUUAGAAUUCAUAUGAUUUAUAAUUUGAUAUAAUGUAGAUGAAGUAUGAGAAACAAUUUAAUAAAUAAAAAGAUGGUUCUAAUUUCUAUCCUCAUUUUAAAUUAAUUGGAUAUAUGAUUCGUUUUUGGUGUUAAAUCACAUUAACAAUAGAUGUGCAAAAUAUUCUAAAAUUGAGUUAUAGAAAUCUAAAUAUUGAAGAUGAUAAAGAUCUAAUAUAACAAUAUGUAAUCGCUGCUUUAGAUGUAGACAUAGAUGAAUAUAAUGUGCAUUGGAUUGGCCAUAGAGAACAUUUUAGUAUUGAGAAAACCUUAUUAGAUUAUAACAUUAUUGAGUAACUAGUAGAAAAACAAUCAAUUACUAAUUAAGAUUUCUAUUAGUAAAUAGAUGAAAAGUUGGAUCAGUUGAGAUUGCUAUAUCCCCAAUGGUUUUUUGAAGUGGAGUUUGAAUGUUUGGGAAUUUAACAUAAAAUCGCUAGAUUGGUUUCAGAUGUUAAAUCUUAAAAUUCAUCUGAAAUUGCUAAACUCAAGAAAACAGAUGAUACUGAAAAUUUAGAGAAUUACGGGAAUUGUUAAUUUGAAAUUAUUUUGAAUUCUGCCAACACUCUAAAAUAGGAGAAUUCUGAAGAUAAAGAAGUUGAGCUCAUGGCAUUAUACAUAUAAGAGUCAAACUUAAUGCCUAGAUCCAAAUUUAGAUAGUCUUGCUCUUAUCAAUCGACAGUUACAUCAUUUGGUUUUAAAUAAAAAGGAUUUAAUUAUUCUACAUAGAGCAUUUUGAAGGCUAGUUAAGAAGCUCUGUAGAUUAGUAAAGAGAUUGGAAUGCAAUAUAAGUAGAAACUCACUGAGUUUAAUGAUCGAUUACAAAGAGUCUAAGAUAAUAUCAGUUCUAGAGAGCAAAUCUUAGAGGAAAGAGCCGAUCAAUUUAAAAUCCCUAGAGAUGUCAACGUUGAAUGGUUGAACUUCUUUAAGAAAACAGAUUUCAAUAAGAUCCUGGUUGAUAAAAAACCAUUUAAAAAGUUGGUCAAAAACAUACUGCAAGAAUUAGUAUCUUCUAAUUUAAACUACGAAUCUCAAUUAAUUUAAUUCUAAUGA